AUGGCCAACAUGAUAUCAACAGAGAAUGAUUUUGAGCCUGCAUACAUCGGAUAUUUUUUCAUCUUGUUUUCCGGAUUGACUGCUUUCAUUAUUUUCCUAUUUGUAUGGAUGAGAUGGGAUACGGACAAGAAGAGCGAAACAAAAGACAAAUCUCUUCUUGAUUUGACAGACUCAGAGCAAAAUACGGAAGACGAAAAUUUGGAAGCAGAAAAUAAACCUAAUUCUUUUUCGAAAGAUGCAAAGAAGCAAGGAAAAUGGAAAUUUAACAAAAUGCGAGCACCACAAUUUGAACAUCCAUGGCUUUUGACAACACUAAAAGGGCAUGUAAGUGAUGUCGUGGAUUUGGAUUUUUCUUCAAAUGGUAGAUAUCUUGCAUCAAUUAGCUCGGAUCGCUCUCUGUAUCUCUGGAAUGUUAAGGAUUUCGGUGAACGUGAUCAUAAAUUGCAUCGUUGUAGUGUUGAAUUGGACUGUGCAAGUCAUAUCGUCUUUUCACCUGAUUCAAAAUGUGUCCUUAUGAGUCUACAAAUUGCUAACAAGCUGGGUGUUUAUAAAAUAACCAAGAAGGAAGGUAGUCAGAGUUAUAAGAUCUCACCUGUUGAAAGUGUUGAAUUUCCAGUUAUCCAUGCUGAAGAUAUCAAUAACAUUGGAAUUGCUUGUAAUGGAAAAUUUGUGAUGUCGGCUUCAGCUGAUAAUCAGCUUGUGAUAUAUAGCAUUCAUGGAGAGGUCCUCAAAAAGAUUGAACUAAAAUUGAACAUUCUCUACAACGCAUGUGUUUCACCUUGUGGUCGUUUUGUUGGAGCAAGCGGUUUUACACCCAAUGUCUUUAUUUUUGAAGUAUUAUUUGAUCGUCAAGGAAACUUCCAGGAUGUGAAAAGAAAAAAAAUACUAGAGGGUCACAACUCUGGUAUUUAUUCAUUUGCUUUCGAUCAGAGUUCAACACGAUGUGUUACAGCAUCUAAGGAUGGAACAUGGAAAGUCUACAAUACUGAUGUCACUUAUUCACAAGGGGAAGAAGCUAAGAUUAUUGCUAGUGGUGAAUUUGAAGUGCUGAAGAAUGCUAAUCCAAAAUCAGUCAAAGUAGCCAUGAGUUCAUCGGGAAAUAGCUUUGCUAUAUCAGCCAAUCGUCAUAUACGUUUGUACAGCACUUUGCAUCCUCAGAAAGAAUUUAAAAUCAUUUUGGAUGCACAUGAUAAGCCAAUAACUGGCCUACGGAUGAGUUCAUGCGGGAAAAUGAUAGCAAGUUGCGGUGAUCGAUAUAUCAGAAUAUUUCAUAAUGUUGCAGAAUUUUAUAGUAAUGUAGUAUUGUUAGAAAAAAUUAUACAGGAAACUCGUGAAGAUAGCAAAAAACGACGUCUUGAGGAACAGCUACAUGAAGCAAAGCGGGCAUUUAGUCCUUUUUCGUUUUAG